AUGACUGAUCUUGGCACGUUACAUCAAUUUAUGGGUAUUACUGUGACUCACACGGAUUCGGGCCUCUUUCUGUCACAAUCUUCAUAUGCGCAGGAUAUCAUCGCUCGUGCUUCGAUGACAAACUGCAAUCCAGUCGCUACUCCGGUAGAUACUCAAUCGAAGCUCGGUACUACAUCAGGACCUCCACUUCAUGAUCCAACUUUAUACAGAAGUCUAGCCGGAGCUCUUCAAUACCUGACUUUCACUCGUCCCGAUAUUUCAUAUGCCGUGCAGCAGGUUUGUCUAUUUAUGCAUGACCCUAGGGAAUCACAUAUGCAGGCUAUGAAACGCAUUCUCAGGUAUCUUCAGGGUACCCUUGAUCACGGACUAUCACUAUCGGCUUCUACUAUUACUGGUUUGACUGCUUACUCUGAUGCUGACUGGGCGGGUUGUCCGGAUUCUCGACGAUCGACCUCAGGCUAUUGCAUUUUUCUUGGAGACAACCUGAUAUCUUGGUCGUCCAAACGACAAGCUACCGUCUCUCGUUCCAGUGCAGAGGCCGAAUACAGAGGGGUUGCUAAUGCUGUUGCUGAAACUACUUGGUUACGCAAUUUACUUCUCGAGCUUCACAUCCCUCUACGACGUGCCACUAUUGUCUACUGUGAUAACGUUAGUGCAGUCUACAUUUCAGGAGAUCCUGUUCAGCACCAACACACAAAACAUGUGGAGAUUGACAUUCAUUUUGUACGAGAGUGGGUACGUAUCGGUCAUAUCCAUGUUUUGCAGAUCCCCUCUGACAGUCAAUACGCCGAUAUCUUCACCAAGGGUCUCCCUCGAGUAUUGUUUGUUCGUUUCCGUUCUAGUCUCAACGUCUGCUCCUCCCCCGUUUCGACUAAGGGGGUGUAA